AUGGCAACAAGAAGCAGCGAGCUGGUUGAGAGAAUCAAGGCAGACUGGACCAGAGCAAUUCAGGCGAUGAAGAUUGUCUCCUAUUCAAAGGAAGAGUUAGAGAAGAUGAAAUUGGCAAGAACAGAAAGUGAGGUAGAAAAGUGUAAGGAAAUUCAAGAAAGAGAACAAAAAUCAAAGAAGUCCCUUAAUAGGAGAGAAUCCAAGGAUACUCCUUAA